AACACUUCAACAACAUCUAGUCAGCCACCUCGGUAGCUUCCUAGCCGAAACAUUCAAGCUGUUCAGACUGCUUCGGUGUAUAUUUGCCUCUGUAUUUGAAACAUAAUUAUGUCAUAUAACUAGUUUCCCCAUUUAAUUUCAUAUUUCCGUUUAGUCAAGUAACGGUAGCUGGCUUGAUAAAUUAGCCUAUCGCUAGGCUAGUUGCUAACUAGCUAGGUUAGCUGGCUAACAUCCCCGAACAUGAAUUCACUAAGCUACUCUCCUUCUGCUAAUAAAGAGGUCUGCUGGACGGAGAAAGAGGGCCUGUGGCUGAACGUUGUUGUGAAAGAGGAGGACGAAGAGGAGGAUGUCACAGUAAAACAAGAAGAGGAGGGUGAGGCUGUUACAGUGAAAGAAGAAGAGAAAUACGUUACAGUGAAAGAAGAGGAAGACGCGUUCAGAGCGAAAGAAGAGGAUGUUACUGUGAAAGAAGAGGGGGAAGAGAAAGAGGAGGAUGCCGUUUUUGGAGUGAAGGGGGAAGAGAUAACUGUCACAUUGAAGGAGGAGAAGGAAGAACAGGAGGAGGAGACAGGCGAUCUGAUUAAAACCAGAGAGAGACAAGAAUCUAAUAACGGGAAGAGUUCCUCAGAGGAAACAGACCCGGAGACGCCUAACCAACACCACUGCUCCCACUGUGGAAAGAGUUUUAGGUGGUUAGGGAGCCUGAAAAUGCAUGAGAGAAUACAUACAGGAGAAAAGCCCUACCACUGUUCCCACUGUGGAAAGAAUUUUACUCAGUUAGGGGCCCUGGUUGGGCAUGAGAGAACACACACUGGAGAGAAGCCUUAUCACUGUUCUCACUGUGGAAAGAGUUUUAGGUGGUUAUGGGUCCUGAACAAGCAUGAGAGAAUACACACUGGAGAGAAGCCUUAUCACUGUUCUCACUGUGGAAACAGUUUUAGGUGGUUAGUGAGCCUGAAAACGCAUGAGAGAAUACACACAGGAGAAAAACCUUUCCAAUGUUCCCAGUGUGAAAAGAGUUUUAGGUGGUCAGGGAGUCUGAAAAAGCAUGAGAGAAAACACACAGGAGUAAAGCCUUUCCAACAUACUAAUACACAGGAGGAGACAACAUACCACUGCUCUCAUUGUGAAAAGACAUUUUCCCAGUCAGAGGACCUGAAAACACAUGAGAGAAUAGAGAGGCUGUGUUCUGACUUAUGUUUCUGACUGAGAAUUUGUCCACGGCCAGGAUUCACAGGGCCAGGGUGUCCGCUAUGGACACCUGGAAGAAAUCAGCAGCGGACAUUUCUGAAGGUUUAUCCAACAGACCUGUACCACCAUGAAUGGAACUCUAUAUUGUGUAACUAUUUCUGAAGGUUUAUCCAACAGACCUGUACAUCCAUGAAUGGAUCUCUAUAAUGUGUAACUAUUUCGGAAGGUUUAUCCAACAGACCUGUACAUCCAUGAAUGGAACUCUAUAAUGUGUAACUAUUUCUGAAGGUUUAUCCAACAGACCUGUACACCCAUGAAUGGAUCUCUAUAAUGUGUAACUAUUUCUGAAGGUUUAUCCAACAGACCUGUACAUCCAUGAAUGGAUCUCUAUAAUGUGUAACCAUUUCGGAAGGUUUAUCCAACAGACCUGUACAUCCAUGAAUGGAACUCUAUAAUGUGUAACUAUUUCUGAAGGUUUAUCCAACAGACCUGUACAUCCAUGAAUGGAUCUCUAUAAUGUGUAACUAUUUCUGAAGGUUUAUCCAACAGACCUGUACAUCCAUGAAUGGAUCUCUAUAAUGUGUAACUAUUUCUGAAGGUUUAUCCAACAGACCUGUACAUCCAUGAAUGGAUCUCUAUAAUGUGUAACUAUUUCUGCUGUAUUGUAAUGUAUUGUUUAAUAGAUGUACUAAAUUAGGUAUAUUUAUCUGUUGUUUUAUUUCAACAGAUUUUACUGACGCUAUUAGAUUGCUGUGUGGGGGGAGUUUUAUAAAUACAGAGACUUCAGAAAGUGUUCACACCCCUUGAUUGGUCCCACAUGUGUUACAUCCUAAAUGUAUAAUGGAUUCAAUACCCCAUAAUGUCAAAGUGGAAUUACGUUUUUGGAAAUGUUUACAAAUGUAAUUAAAAGCCUAAAUAAGUU